GAAGGUGUCAUACUGCACGCAUAUGAAGCUCACCAUAAGGAGUUUGAAGGCAGAAGAUUUCGGGUCUUACAAGUGCGUCGCCAAAAACUCACGCGGCGAAACGGAGGGACUCAUAAAACUCUACGAGACGGAUCCCCCAACGCCCGCGCCCACGAACCCUCCGUCGUACAUCGAAAAAUUGUUUAAAGACAUCCACCACAAGACGACGAACAGCGUGGCGGGUAAGGGCGAGGACGGCAAACUCUACUUGGAGAGCCAUUUCGAAGACGGAGGCAGAGACGCUGACGGGGACCUGGGUGACGAGGACGACCUCUUCGGCGCCCACGACCACCUCGAGUACGACAACGAGCUCUCCGAAGGAGGACGGGGGCAUCUGAACGGAGGAGGGAGGAGGAGGUCGAAGGAGGAAGACAAGAGGAGGGGAGGAGGGGGCAGGGAGCGAGAGCAAGAGCAUCAACACGGACAGUAUUUCACGGUCUUCAGUCGAGGUCAUCGGACGGACAAGUACACCUGGGUCCUGUGCCUCCACUUGGCUGUCACUGGAAUCCUUCUUCAGAUAUUCCUUAUCUUGUGAUAACGUGGACGAUGACGGACCCCCUUGACUGUGUGAAUAAUCUGUUUCGAGAUUUCUAUACAUACGAGGGGGAAAAAGGAUGCUUUUUCACCCCUCAUUUGCUUCCUACAAAAUUAUUUCUCUUCUCGAGGGAAAGAUCGAGUGGUUUUGCGUUAGAUAGAAUGUGCAGUGUGAGUAGCAAAAGACAUAUAUAUACAUAAAUAUAUUAAAAUCAUAAUAAGGAUGAUUAUGUUUAGAAUUACGCUCUCGCUGAUGUAUCUGCAAAGAGAUAUAUCAACCAAAAUGUAUAAACAGUUUUAAAAAAGAGUGUAUCUACACAUCGCCAAAAAAGAAAAAAACUAUAUAAUGAUGAUAGAAAAUAAAUGUAUAAACUCUUGCAUCAAGAAGUGUUAAGUAGUGUUAAUGAUGUUUACCUGUUUAUUGUUCUAUGGGUGCGUAUAGGUCUAAGGUCUAAGGUAAAGCAUAUGGCCGGUU